AACCGGUUGUCAGCCAAUGGCAGGGCACAUAAAGACAGACAACAGCCACACUCACAAUCCCACCUCGGGGCAAUUUAGAAUCUCCAAUUAACCUUGCAUGUUUUUUGGGGUGUGGAAGGAAACCGGAGUGCGUGGAGAAAACCCGCACAGGCACGGAGAGUACAUGCAAAUUCCACACAGUUAUCGAACCCGGGUCCUCAGAACUGUGAGGCCGACGCUUUACCAGCUGCUCCACCAUGCCGCCCCUCUGGGCGAGCCGCUUCGAUGCCGACAGGAGGAUGAGCUCCAUCACCGGUCGGGUUCUCGCCAUCCCCGCCGCUUCUGUUAGCAACUCUGGAGCUUCAUCAUCCCGAGCCUUGCACGUAGAGCUCACAUCCCAGCAGAGACGAUUGCGUCAUCUGCGGAGCAUUGCAGCGAGAAACAUCGUCAACAAAAAUGGCUCCCCACUGCUGGACACAUAUUUCACCCUCCAUCUUUGUGUAGGAGAUCGCAUCUCUAGUGAUUUUUACAAGAGCGAAGUCAUAUGUGACUCACUGAAUCCUACUUGGAGGAGUCUGGACUUUGGCAUGUUGCCAGACCUUCUCGACACCUCAGUGUCUUCCUUUGUGGUAAGGAUAUGGGGAGGACAGGCGAAACAGUACCAGCUCCUCAUAGAAUGGAAGGUUAAUCUGGAUGGUCUCAGAUACACAGGACAGCAGAUUCGAUCAAGGAAUACAAAUGAGAUCAUAUUCGGGUUGAAUGAUGGCUACUAUGCGGCUGACUUUGAUCACAAGGAUCAUUCGGAGCGGAAGAAAAAUACUUUACUUCACGUUGACCAGAGCUCAGUCAGAAAUUCAUACAGUGUUUUCUCUUUGCUCAGACUCCACACAGCCCAAAGAGCCAUCAAACAGACCCAAGUGACAGUGCAGAAGAUUGGGAAGGAGAUUGAGGAGAAGCUGAGAACAACAGCAAUGUGCACCGUGCGGAAAAAAGAGCGGGAGUGUAUGCAGCUGCGUUUAGCCGUGCUUCGUAGUGAACUCCUUCGGCAAAGGAAAGCUCUUGGCAGAGAAAUAGAUGUGCAGCAGAAAGAUAUGGCACAGCUUCAGAAGAAAGAGGAAAUGUUUUCUGAUCAACAUGAAAGUCUGAAGUCUGAGAAAGAAUCCUUAACCAAGCUGCAUAAAGAAUGUACUGCCAAGAGAGAGCAGUUCCUGAAGUUCAGUGCCCAGCUCACAUUUCGCUGCCGCCAGCUUCUUUCUGAGCUUUCCUACAUUUAUCCCAUCAAUGUGGCAAAUCCAUCAGAUUAUGUUAUCUGCGGAGUGAAGCUGCCAAAUUCUGAAGACUUUCAAGCAAAGGAUGAUGGCAGUGUGGCAGUUGCUCUGGGCUAUACGGCACACUUAGUCCUGAUGAUCUCGUGCUUCCUCCAGAUCCCGCUUAGGUAUCCAGUCAUCCACAAGGGUUCACGCUCCUCAAUCAAAGACACCAUCACUGACAGACUCACUGAGAAGGAGAGAGAAUUCCCUUUGUAUCCCCGAGGAGAGCGAUUUCAUUUUGAAUAUGGUGUCUACUUACUCAACAAGAACAUUGCUCAGCUGAGAUAUCAGCAUGGCUUGACCACCCCAGACCUGCAGCAAACACUUCCCAACCUGAAGAACUUCCUGGAACAUGGCUUGCUUGUCCGAUGUGACCGACAAAAUGUUUCCAGCUCCAUCCCAGUGCCAGUCAAGUCUCACCUUGGGUUGCCUACUGCCUCGGAAGUCACCUACCCACAGCACACCAGCUCCCCAGACCGGGGCCUGAGGAAGAGAGCGAGCUCUGAGGCUGACAAGUACAAGACAAAUCCUCCGCCCAGUUAUGGCACGGCCAUGAGGGAGGACCCAACCACGAUAGUUCAAACAAUGUAUUCGUCUCCAUCUAAAUUCUUGUCUUCCUCCCUGGAUGCCACAAUGCCCUCACUUGACCUUGCGGGCCCCACUGAGGUGAAAGAGGAUGGAGAUGAGAUGAAGAAGCGUCUAAAAGAAGCCGCUAAAGUGGAGAUAAGCAGCAGCAGUGACAAAGAGAUGGAAGUCGAAGUCAAAGAUCAGACUGAAGAGCAAACACCCUGCGGUAUUGCAAGCUCUUCCACACUGAGGGACACCGGUGAGGAUCCAGUGGCCAGAAGUGAGCACUCAGACGUCAUGAACGGCACUUUGGCGCUGGAACGGGCAACAGGCCUGAUUCCUGGUCCCGGUCAAUGCUGCUCGGUGGAGCAAGCUGAGGAGAUCAUGGGGACCGAAGCCACCAACCUUGCCCUGGGAAUGGGACUACAGGUGGGCUUAGAGCUCGUGGAGGAAACCAGGUUGGAAGACUACCGCUGCAUCCCCGUGGACCAAGCGGUAGCUGUGGAGUGUGACGAGCAGGUGCUGGGGGAGCUUGACGUCGCUGGCUUUGAGGAGUUCUCUAGACGCAUCUACGCACUGAAUGAGAACAUGUCCAGCUUCCGUCGACCGCGUAAAAACUCAGACAAGUGAGGGAGGUGACUGGAGGAGACGGGCAAAAAAAAAACUUGCACAAGGAUUUUGGUCAGAAAUAAGGCAGGGAUGUAAAGUGAGAGGACAAGAGAGCUAUUCUGGAAUAAUGACCAAUUUGCACUUACUAUAUAUCUAAAUUUCCAUGACAUAUUUUAAGUUGAAAUGCAGUGCAAGUAUCAGGACAGUUGAUUUUUUUUAUUUUUUUUUUUUUUUUUUUUUUUUUUUUUUUGGAAGUGAGCCAUUAAUAUAUUUUAACAAUGGAUCCAAUAAUGCAGACAAUUCAAUACGUUUUAUUUAUACAAUAAUUAGACCUCAGUAUCAAUCAUCUUCUCUGAACUAGUGCUUUGUAUAAAAACUAAUAAAAACAUCUUGUGAACAAUAAACAUGCGCUCAUCUGGUAAUCUUAACUCUUAAUAGAAGACGCAACCACAAGCAAUGUUUCACGACAGAAGCUCUCAAUCUACUUUUCAUACUCUCAUCCCUCAGGUUUAACCUCCACCAGACAGGUUUUUGCUUGCUUCGCUGUUAAUUACUCUUGAAUGGUCAACUCAUCGGCACAUGCUCAUUGUUGCAGUACGGAUUUCAGUCCAAGGGCUGUUGGCUCGUGAUGGCAUAGUCAUCCAUUAAUUGGUCUUUAGGUAUGUGGUCAAUCCUGGUGAAUUGUAUCUUGAAGCAAUUGCAAAGGAGUGCACAGCAUGACGGCAACAGGCCCAACAUUAUUCUAUUCAAUACAACACUGGCAUGGAAACAGGAGUUUAGAAAUUUCAGAUGUUUCACUCCCAUUGUGUAAAAUGCCCAUCGCUAGUAUCCACCUUACACUGACAUGGUAAUUAUACCAAUGACCAUACAUGCUCGGUGGGCCUCCUUGCAUGGCAGUGAUGAGAGAUAUUUUAGAUGUGUGCAUGCCAGGAAGUGGGAGUUAAUUAAUUCCAUAGUCACACAAGUCACUUUUCCACCAAUGACCUUUUGAAUCAUCACAAAACGGAGGUGGUGAGUAAAUGCCAAGGGAUUCACCCUCAUCCCUGUCGACAUGGCCACCUGCGCUCUACUGGACCAUCAUGAUUGUCUUUUUUUUUUUUUUUUUAAAUGUCAUUCUGCCCCAUUGUCGACAUUGAUAUUGAAAUACACUGAUUAUGAUAUUGAGUAGAGCCUAAAUAUUGUGGUUGGACAUGUUUGUAAUUGGUUGAAAUAUCUCACUAAGGCUCUAUUGCAAGUGUGAUAUUAACUAUUUCAAGUCACUUUUGUGGGUUUUUGUCUCCUUGAUCUGAAUGUUUUCUUGCACUGGUGUUCAGGAUUUAGAAAGAAAGAAUGUCCCACAAAUAUUUUUAUUUUUUCAGAUGAGAGAAAUAUUCUGUUAUAGCCCCUAAGUUAAAGCAAAUCUAUAUUAAAUUAUAUCACAACCAGUGUGUUGGUCCUGAUAUGGAAAUCUGCAGUCUAAAAAGUUUUCUCUGUCAGCCCAAGUUUAUUUCUGCUCCAGUCCUGUCCUAAUUGACUUUUAGGAGGUAUAAAAUCUCAAGAUGAACUGUAUUAAGAUACGUUCCAUAAACUGCAAGAAGGUUCACUAAGUAACCGUGUACAUAUACUUUUGUAUGGGUUUCUUUUGUUAUUAAAGCCUUCAAGUCCAAGGGUGUAUGAUAUUCUUUUUAAAAACAUGCCCUGCUUACUUUAUUGUUAUUCAUCAUACUUGAUUGUUUGACUGAAAAUUAUCCCAUCAGUGUCCAUAAUAACCCUUGGCAGACUUUUGGUUUCGACGCAGCACUCGGGUAACGUAUUACUUUGUAUAUUUGUUCUCCCGCCCCCGUUGGGUUUUCAACUCAUAACCAAUCCAUGUAAUGUCACUCAUGUGGAAAAGAACUUCCAAUAUUGAAAAAAGAGAUCCCUUGUAAACAUGUACGAUGACGCAUCGCAGUUACUACAAUGGACAGGAGUUUAAGAGCCAUUUUCUUCUACAA